AUGUCUCAUAUGAUGCAGGCCUUGACACCCUACUCCCCUUUGCCUGUUGUGAGGCAGGAGCAACUUGACAAGGUCUCCUACUUCUUCCUCAAGUUCUAUGAAUAUCGUUUUGGCGCUGCUUUGACGGUAUUGGGCGGGAUCACACUGGACGAGGCCUGUUUACAUUGGUCGUGUCGUCUCAGGCAUGAAUUGACUCAUGUCUUGACCCAUAUUGGCAGAUGGACUGUCCUCGGCUGCUUUCCACGCUUCCCACCGCUUGUCCGUGCCUUGCUACAAUCCAUUGAGGUGUGGACGGAUGCAAUUUAUGUUCUUUCUCCAGAGUUGAGGGAUGCCAUUCCUUCAUAUCAUGUGCUUAUGGAUCGCGCAAUAUCAACACUGGACUGGUGGAAUUGGGACAUUGACCACCGUUCGCCCUUGCCAGCCGAGCUCAACAACGCUUUUGCAAACUACCUUGGGCCAAACCUUGUCCUCCAUCCUUCCGUUGGUGCGCUACAUGAGGAAUGGGCCUUUCCCCUCGCUUCCCAUGCACAGCCGGAGGGAAGCAUGUCAGAUUCGGAUGCAAACUCACCAACGGAUACCAUUUCCCUUCAAGAUAGCAAUUGUCGAUCCUCGGUUUGCAGGGAACGUCUCACAGCUAUCGCAUCCGCCUUGCAGGAUCUCCGGUCAGCUCUGGAUGACAAGGCCAUAUUUCUUGACCUCCGUGCUGAAGGGACUUUGAGGCUGUCCUGCGCCGCAUUGGCUGUUUCCGAGAAAUCGAAUGCAUUAGGACGGCUCCCCGAAAUAGCCGACUUUGGGGAUGAACAAUGGGUGAAAUACUGGAAAGGCUUUCUCCCCUCUGCUGCUGGUUCCUCUCAACAGCCACACAGAACGAAGACCGCAAGGCCAACACACCACUCCAGAGGACCAGCCGGUGAGUGCAAACAGUGUUCUCAUGCUCUGGCCGGUAACCAACGCAUGCAACCCCAGCUGGUGAUCAACGCAAAGACCGCCAAUGCACUCACGCUCCAGCCGGUGACCAACACAUUCCACAUUCUCAUGCUCCGGCUGGUGACCAACACAUUCCACAUUCUCACGCUCUGGCAGGCGAUCAACAUACACAAUGCGCUGAGGCUCCAGCCAGUGACCAAGGCCCACAAUGCUCUCACGCUCUGGCUGGAGAGCACAAAACCUCAGAUGCUCCAGUCCGGGAACAUACUGCUUCCACUGGUAGGCUCUAUUUAUGUGUACGAGAGCUAA